AAAAACCAGUCAACACCAACCACGACGAUGGAAUAGGCCACUCCGAUCAACACCACUCAGCCGAAGGUAAUCACCAUCCAAGACGAGAGACCGAGAGAAAGGCAUACAGAGCAAUCUAUCAGACUCGAUACUCAGGACCAAAAAAAGAAUCAGGCGGGCAAGUUGUUGCUUCUCAAGAUGGCCAAUUCAGAUAGCUAUCAGACAGAUGAACCGUCUUCUCCAACAGUAACAACCUCAUUACUAGUGCCGGGAGACUCGACCGAAGCAGCCUUCGAGGCCCCUCCACUCGAGCUUCCCGUCGGACUACCGCUCUCCCAUCAAGUCUUCCGAGACCCGGGCUUUGAUCCAGACCAGUUCUUACUCUCACGACGUCAUACGACAUUGGAUGAUCUUCGGACGGAACUGAGAAGCUAUCUGUCCGGACUUAAAGCGGAACUGGUGGGCCUGAUCAACGAGGACUAUGAGGAUUUCAUCGGGCUUGGAAUGGGCCUCAGGGGCACAGUUGAACGGGCCAUGGGCAAGAUGAAAGCGCCGAUCGGACAGGCCAAGCUGGAUGUGCUGGAGGCUAGGAGAGAACUGGACAUCGAACGAGGAGAUCUUGAAGGCCUGUUGAAUGAACGUCGUAAGGUGAUCGAAGGCAAGAAGCUCGUCCGGUUGAUGCUCGACUGUGGGGAUAGCGUCACAAAGGUCGAAGAGAUGCUGUCGAUCCAGCAACCGACCCUGCUGGCGAACCAAGGCUCACUCUCUCAUGGGACGAGCAAGCCACUCGGAACGCUCGAUCGAUCAGGCUCAAAGCAUCGUCGAUCCGAGCUCUCUCUUGAUUUGACCGACGACAGCAGUAAUAUCGAGAGUGGUGUCAAGAGGAUCGAAAGGAUCACAAAUGAAUACACUCGAAUGCUCUAUCUCGUCUCUAAAGGCGGCGAUCUCAAUUAUGUUUCUAGUUUGCAACCUAGGAUCACACACAUCACCGACGCCUUGCAUCGAGAAUUAGCCUCCCUUCUCAAGUCAAUCCUCCGCACACCCCGUUCCGAUACUCGCAAGAGAGACUGUCUAUUGGAGUGUUUGAGAGCUUACGAGUCCCUAGGUGCCGUCACCAGAGCCGAAGAGGUGAUCAAGACUGAGGUGGUGUUACCUAGAAUGUCUAAAUUGAUUCAUCCCAACGUCCUCAAUACAGGUGCGCUAUCUCCGGUAUUACCAGCAUCUCCUGAAGUCGCUCGAUUUACGACUCCCCAUCCGCCACCCUACCUCAAUCCAUCGCAGAAUUCUUUGAGGCUACCCGAAGAUCCUGAACUGGUACCCUUACCUAUGCUAUAUAACAAGAUCCUAGCUUUCAUCGCACGCGAGAUGAGUAUCAUCAUCGAUGUUGCUGACCGCCACCUCGCUGGAUCUAAACAAGCUAGCGAACUCCAACCUGGCCCUGCUCAUGACAAUCCAUCCUCACCCAAGGAUGUCAAUGUCGAAAAUUCAUCCACAAAAUCCCAUUAUAACGUCCUCAUCAAUUCAGUCAUCCUACCCACUCUCCAACUGAUUACCAAUUCACUUGGAUCAAGUCUCUUUGCAGCCGGCAACCCCAGCAAUUUCCAUCGGAAUUACAGCUACACAAUCAAGUUCCUUGAACAACUCGAAGAGUUUUGUGGUACCCCACGACAGGUCAUCCUGCUCAGAGCCCAUCCAGAUUGGAAGGCGUUCAAAAACAAAUGGCAGUUGGCAGUCUAUGCUCAGAUACGAACUAAGGAAAUCAUCCUAACGAUCGAAGAUGGGCUUCUCGACGGACUCAAGUCUCCCGACCCUACGACUCGCAUCACAUUUACUCAAUCUAGUAACGGCCAGGAUCUACAUCCUACAUCAGAGUAUCUUCUCAAAGGCUCGGCUACUAUCGAUCGUGUACUUCACUUGGUCUGGCAGGAUAAUGUCUUUCUUGCCGAUCUCACUCAUCGGUUUUGGAGACUUACAUUGAUGGCCAUCUCGCGGUAUGCCACAUGGUUAAAUUCGGUGAUCGGAGGAUAUCUGAGCUCCUCGGGGACAGCAGUGACGGAGAGUGGAACGGGGAAUGGAGCUAAGAGUGGGGGACGGGCAGACUUGAAUCGGGUUGAUGGUGUGGUGUCUUGUAUAUAUUUACCCAUUUAGUUGGCGGCCCCCUCGACCAAUCGACCAAGCUCUAGUCGCCCAAGCUCUCCCUCGAACAGCCCAUCCGAAGAAUCCAAGGACGAGGAGCUUUUGAGGGUUUUGACAAUCGUUUUGGCCGAUCUCCUUCGCCUCCAACUUAGCGUCUUGAACUUGUUUUCUCACUCCAUCGCCCCCCGAAUCCCCAGAGUUUCAAUUGGAUCGGAUUCACAAACACCAGAAGACGUUUUGAAGAUUUCUUUAGAGAAGAUAGUCGGCUUGGCGCCCCAACUAACAUCAGAAAUACGGCAGACGCUGGUGAAAAGGUGUUCAGAGAAGCUGCGGUUCAUUCGCUCAGUUGGCUCGUCGGCCCGAGCCUCGAAGACGAUCCCGACCGAGCCAAGUUAUUUCAUUUCCGACAUCCUCAACGACAUUCAGGUCUAUCUAGAGAAGUACGGCAAGAACUUGACCGAGCGGGUUCGGACGGAUCUGGUGAGCGGGAUCAUCGACGAAUUGUCAGCCAAGUAUCUCGCCAUCCUCAUCAACGUCCAACGCUCCGAGGACUCCUUGAGGAAACUCAAGAAGGGCAAACACGGCUUCUCUAUCUUUAAUCGCAACUCAAACUCGGAUUCCAACAAGGCCGCCCCCCUCGUCGAGGACGACGACCUUAAGGUUAAGGUUCAGUUAAGGCUUGAUGUCGAGCGCUUGGAACUCGAUUCCAUCCGCUUGGGGGCCGAUCUUUCCUCGUCCAAAUCAUUUCUUGAAUUAAAACAAACCGUCUCUAAAUAAUCCUUCCUUUCCCUCAAUUUUCUUUGUGUACCAUCCAUAUCUUUGCUUCUUUUUCGCAACCUUUGGUCUUUUCCUCUUUUUGGUUUUUUUUAAUCUCUCGAGUUUAAUUUCAUUUUUUUGUUCUUAUCUACUUACAACGAGCAAAUUUUUGGUCCAG